AUGGAAAAUCCAUUUCUCACCUACGUAACUCGAUCCGAAAGAGCCAACCUAUUUCGAAAAAUCAUUGAUGCCGAGUCUCCCUUAUCUCCUGAAGCUACCGAUAAGCCGUUUCCACCUGUGUCAGCCGCUGUCCCAGAUUCCACUCUUCCCGGUCCAGCGUCUCUUGCCUCAUCUCAGACAGUGGUACUCCCUGCCCUCUCUUCACCUUUAAACACAUCUAGAAAAAUUGAUUUUGAUGUAUCUUUGCCUGAUCAAUUUGUGUUUCCCAUAUCUCAUGAUGUUUUUGAUGUUCAAACUCUGCCUGUACCUGGUGAUCCUUAUGAUCCUUUGACUCACAAUUUACCUAGGGAAAAUGUUGAUUUAGUUGCUUUAUCUGACUUAGUAAAUUCUUUGCCAUCUGCGUUUUCCAUUCGAAAUGUUGCCCAACAUGUGUCUGUUCCAACUGUAUCUUGUUCGGCCUUUUCUAUCCCCAUUACUAUUGCUGCGUUUAAAAGUCACUCUGAUCCUGUACCCAUUCCUGUUUCAUCUACUCAAGAAUCGGUUCCCAUUAUCUCUGUUCCUAUUUCUAAAUCUUCCCGAAAGGGAAACGAGAAAAUCUCUGUUUCAGGUAUUGCAGAAAAGAGAGGAUUGUCACAGUUGGAUGAUGUUGAAACUCAAACUGACCGUAAACUUCAACGGAUGAGUUCCACAUUGCCACCCAGAACCACUCGGUCAAGAGCCCAAGUUGACACACAUGUUGUUCCUACGCCAUCUGGCUCCAAAUCGAAAGGAUCAAGCAAGGUCUACAAACCGCAUCUUCUGUCUCCCGAUUUAUUUGCUGUUUGGAAAACUCAUGUCAACCGUGUUUUCAUCGUCGAAAAAUCCAUCAAUGAAGAGGAUUUGGCUGCCAAGUGCAAUAUUAUCCCGUUGUUACGUGAUCAAAAUUUGCUUGCCUCUCUACGCCAUAUUGGUCCCUACUCCACAUGGUUGACAGCAGAAUUUUACACAAAUUUGACCUUGGACACAUUCACUGAAGGCUCAGCACGAUUUCAUCAGGUUUUCAUUCGUGGCACUUGGUAUCCUUUCGGGCCUACCGAGAUUAAUGCAUAUUUGGGCACACCAAAUCAUCCUGCUUCUCCGGAUCCUAAUCCUCACUUGUUGGCAAGUGCACUCACUCAUAAUAAAGUGGUUUCAUGGCCGAGUGAUGGAAUUUCAAGCUUGAAGCUCACAACUGUCUACUCCGUUCUUCUUCGCCUUGCAUCGGCAAAUUGGUUCCCGGCAGUCCGUCGCCACCAAGUACCAGAACAUCUAGCUGGCCUUCUAUACAAAAUCAGGAACCGUCUUCCGUUCAACCUCGGCAUGCUUCCUGCUAUUCCACCUCCAGCGCCACUGGUUUCUGCGCCAGCUUCAUCUACUGACACUGCGUCAGCUUCUCGUCCAGGCUCAAGACUGGUUCCCAAAGAGCCCCCAACAUUGGUUGCUCGUAGGCAGAUUGUGCUCACUCUUGAGGCCUCUAUUGCACAAGUUCAACAGUCAGUCACCUCUCAACAAGUCACCAUCUCUGGCCUUGCAAAGCUUCGUGAUGCACAGCUCGAAGAAAUCACUCGCAUGGAAGCUAUUCACGCUCGGGUUUUAGCUGACACUGGAGCUGCUUCCUCGGAUUCUGACUCUGAAGAUGAAGAAGAUGAUUCAGACUCGGGCACCCGUCUGCACGUGUUUGUUGGUAUUGGUUAG